AUGAGGACGACAUCAGAGUGCAGUCUAACCGAUGCCUCCGAUAGCAUUAGUGGUUGCUGUGUAUUCUGCUCUCCGUUAUCUUUCCCGAUCGAUUUAAUGACACUCAACAACGAUGCAACAAACACGAUGAGACAUGUACACAAAGAGAAUCAGGUUCCACGUAUAACUGUACUCAUUUCGUUCGGCGAAAUAACGCAGCAUACGGAAGCAGGAAGAAAGUCUAGGGGCAGUCUGCUAGGGAGGAAGUCAUCUUAUAGUCUAUUUAAUGAAGCGGACAAGCAAGCGACUUGUUGCAUCGUUUGCUAA